CGGGGCUCGCUCCUCCCCCGUGCCCUCAGCCAUUUUAGCAGCCGGUACCGCCGCCCGGUAGCGCUGUGAUCUCCGCCGGCAGCGCCGGGGCUGGGCACGAUCUAAUCAACACUGAAAAACCCUCACUCAUCACUGUGAGAUCCCUUGUAUCUACUGCUGGCUCUCAAAGGUUACUAAAAUUGUGCAGCUGCUCUGAAUCAGCACUACCUAAGCUUCACCUCCUGUUGCUUCUCCCCACACCACUCUGCGCUGCUGCCUUGCUCUUGCCUGCUUCAGAACUCCAUAGCAGAGUUUCUUUUUUUAAAUACCCCCAGAGAAAUCUAGGCUAGAAAUGCGUGCCCUUCUCUUGCUGCCUGUGUACUUGUUAAUCUGGUUGUACAGUAUGCUGGUAUUUAUUCCCUGGUAUUUUCUUACCAAUGCCAAGAAGAGAAAGGCUAUGGCAAAGAGGUUAAAAGCUAAACCCAUCUCGGACAAGCCGGGGAGCCCCUACCGCUCUGUCAGCCACCUGGACUCUCUGGCACACAUAAACAUCCCUGGAGCAGACACUCUGGACAAGCUCUUUGACCAUGCUUUAGCAAAGUUUGGGAAGAAGGACUGUCUCGGAACCAGGGAAAUUCUGAGCGAAGAAAAUGAAAUGCAGCCAAAUGGAAAAGUAUUCAAAAAGUUAAUUUUAGGAACUUACAGAUGGCUAUCCUAUGAAGAAGUAAAUGAGAAAAUUACUCACUUGGGGAAUGGACUGACUGCCCUGGGACUAACCCCAAAAAGCACCGUGGUCAUAUUCUGUGAGACCCGAGCUGAGUGGAUGAUUGUAGCUCUCACCUGCUUCAAGUACAACUUCCCUCUUGUCACUCUCUAUGCCACCCUGGGGGAAGAGGCAGUGACCUAUGGUCUCAACGAGUGUGGAGCGUCAUACCUGGUCACGAGCGUGGAACUCCUGGAGAGCAAGCUUAAGGCUGCACUGCCACAAGUCUCCUGUCUGAAACACAUUGUUUAUGUGGACAAGAAGACGGUCAAUAAAUCAGAAUACCCUGAAAACGUGGAGAUUCAUAGCAUGCAGGCAGUGGAAGAGCUGGGAGCCAAACCAGAAAACUCAAGCAUUCUGCCAAGCAGACCUGUCCCUUCAGACCUGGCUUUAGUGAUGUAUACCAGUGGAUCUACUGGGAGACCCAAAGGAGUGAUGAUGAUGCAUAAAAACUUAAUAGCUGGAAUGACAGGACAGUGUGAGAGAAUACCUGGGCUGGGACCCAAGGACACUUACAUUGGUUAUUUGCCUCUGGCCCACGUGUUAGAGCUGACAGCAGAAGUUUCCUGCAUCACUUACGGCUGCAGGAUCGGUUACUCCUCUCCUCUCACUCUCUCAGAUCAGUCAAGUAAAAUUAAGAAGGGAAGCAAAGGAGACUGUACUGUACUAAAGCCUACACUGAUGGCAGCUGUGCCUGAAAUAAUGGACAGAAUUUAUAAAAAUGUCAUGAGUAAAGUUCAAGAGAUGAAUUAUAUUCAGAGAACUCUGUUCAAGAUAGGGUAUGACUACAAAUUGGAACAGAUCAAGAGGGGAUAUGAUGCACCUCUGUGUAACAUACUAUUGUUUAAAAAAGUCAAGGCCCUGCUGGGAGGGAACAUCCGUAUGAUGCUUUCUGGAGGAGCACCACUCUCACCUCAAACACAACGAUUCAUGAACAUCUGCUUUUGCUGUCCUGUUGGUCAAGGCUAUGGACUGACAGAAACGUGUGGAGCUGGAACCAUUACAGAAGCUACUGAUUACAGCACUGGCAGAGUUGGAGCUCCUCUUAUUUGUUGUGAAAUAAAACUGAGAGACUGGCAAGAAGGGGGCUAUACUAAUAAAGACAAGCCUAAUCCUAGAGGAGAAAUUAUAAUUGGUGGACCCAACGUCUCCAUGGGAUAUUUUAGAAAUGAAGAGAAGACAACAGAAGAGUUUUCUGUUGAUGAGAAUGGCCAGAGAUGGUUCUGCACAGGAGAUAUUGGGGAAUUUCAUCCAGAUGGGUGUCUGCAGAUCAUAGAUCGUAAGAAGGACUUGGUAAAGCUACAAGCAGGAGAAUAUGUAUCUCUGGGCAAAGUAGAGGCAGCUCUGAAGAACUGCCCAUUGAUUGACAAUAUCUGUGCUUAUGCCAAAAGUGACCAGUCCUACGUGAUCAGUUUUGUGGUCCCCAACCAGAAGAAGCUGACAGCACUGGCUGAGCAGAAAGGCAUCAGUGGAAGCUGGGUGGACAUCUGUAACAAUCCUACCAUGGAAGCAGAAAUACUGCGAGAGAUUAAAGAAGUGGCAAACAAGAUGAAAUUAGAAAGGUUUGAAAUCCCUAUCAAGGUCCGGCUGAGCCCUGAACCGUGGACCCCUGAGACUGGGUUGGUGACAGAUGCUUUCAAGCUGAAAAGGAAAGAACUGAAGAACCACUACCUCAACGACAUUGAAAGAAUGUAUGGAGGCAAAUAAACAGCUCUGCUGACCUGGCAGUUGUGCAGGUAGUUCCUUCUCAUGCCUCAGCUUUGGAUGUCUGUGUAUACUGUAGAUAUCACACAUUCCAAAAAUACACCAAAUGGAUGACUUCCUAUAAUCUCUAUCAAGUAAAACAGAGACUAUCUUAGACUUCAAAUUCUUAAUUAUUAGUGAUUAGACACUGAUGGUCUUCAUAGAGUUUUGUGUGAUCAUCUCCAGGUUUGAGACAGACAUCAUUAUGUGCAGCAGUGUGACCAGGUAAUUUUGUUGUUUCUCCAGCAUAUUCAGACUGCUUACAACUGCCCUUUAACUUGUGCUGAAGUCUGGCCUGUAUUCCAAAGAGGAAAAAAUAAUGUAAUUGUGAUGAUUCUUCUGUCAUAGUAAGAUACUUCCCUCUAGCAAGGAGGGAAAAGGAGUAUCUGAUGUCUACCCUCCUCCAGUUAGAAACAAAACCAAGACAACAGCAGUAGUCAAGAACUUGCUAGAGAUCACUGAUAAUGCACUGCUUGAAAAUGGACGGAUUCUUCUGCACAUCAAUAUCUUGAAUAUUUACAGUGCCUACAAAAGAAUAGAAAGUACACUUACUGAAAUAAAGGUGAACUGAAAAGCUUUCUGAAAACAAGUUAUAAGAAAUUUCAUUCAAGAGCAUUGAAUUAACUGUUUCAACUUCCAACUCACCAAAUAGGUUUUUAAUUGCCACUGCAUUUUAAUUCAAGCAGAGCUUUCCACUGGACCCAGAGUGUGAAAGAAAACAAAGACUUGCACUGCUCCAGGGUUACUGAUGAGAAAUCAGUGCCUGAAUGCAGAACUUGCAUCUGGACUGGCAAACAGCUGUGAAACUGAUGGCAGUGGUUUCUAAAGAGACUUGAAACUCAGAGCAGUUUUGGUGGAGUUUUUUGAGAGGUGGUUGAUGUUCUUAAGGCGCUGAUUCUCUAGACCUUCACGUACAUGUGAGUACUUGUACAGGCUGCCUGGACAUAACUUAGAGGAUCAGGUUUGAAGUGUCUGCAUUCCUUUCUGGAAGGUAUUUCCGUUCACCUUUUAACUGUGGUAAGCAUGACAAGGCAACCAGAAACCAACAGGAGUUUCCCGGUCUAGUCUUGUUUUACUCACAGAGAAGUAGUCUGUGGCCAGGGUAUCUUUGUUUCCUGUGAACUUGUAAAUAGGGACAAAUCACUCUUUACAGAAAUUCAUUAUAAAAAUGUUCUCUUAUUAACUGGAAGUCACAGAUGUGAAGAAGGAGGAAGAUAGAAUUUAACAAUAUGUGUGGCAAAUCCUGUACUGUCUUCUUUGGAAUGGUAACUGAGCUCCUGCAUCCCUGCCAGCUCUUCACACUUGAACCAUAAGUGCUGUAAAAAGUGGAGGCUCUUGAUACUGUUCUACUUUGCACUUUCUUAGUCAUUUUAUAUAUGUUGCUUACAUUUUGUACAGCUGUGGCCCUCAACUGCUCUAUAUUGCAAAUUCAUUUGAAAGUAUUUAUAGAUUUCUAUUCAUAAUAUUUGUGUUGUGUAUAUGAUGGUUAAAAAAAAUUAUUUGGUAUUGUCACUGUACAGAAGGUACAAGAUUUUGUACAUUGCUUCUCUUGAACACACGAGCUUGCAAUUUCAGGACAAGUUUUUCCUUUUCUGCAUGUAUAUGUAUUUUUAUUUUCCAGUUAAAAUAGACUUAGGCAAAAAUAAAUGAUGGCUCUACACUCUCCAGGUAAACCAUCCCUUCUCCUGGGGACCAGUUUCAGACUUCACCAUGCAUCAUUUUCUCUGGCUAGUGCAGAACACUGCCAGCUCACCUUCUGAGAACCCCCGAGGGAAAAGAGAGAAGGAAAAUCUGGUAUGUAAAGGUGAUGGAAUCCAGUUGUGCAUGGAACUACAAGAGUCACUAAAAGAAACAAGGAAAUAGCUGUUCUAAAAAUUAUUUUUUUUAAAAGACACACACCGUCGUUUAUUGACAACAGGUAAUACUUCCUGUAUCAGUAGAAACUUGUAAAAUUACUUGGUCCUGAGCCAUGUUACCAAUUUUUCCACGUUUUAAAACUGCUCUCUAUUAAAUAGCCUUUAGUCAGCCUGUUAGCAUCACUAAAGUGAAAUACAUGUGAGAAAGAUACUCGAGUCUGUCAGCAGGUUCUAAGACUAUUUUUUUUAAGCCAUGAAUGUAUUCAUAUGAAUUGUAUUUUAUCUUCUGUGUCUUGGUUGACUGAGGAUCGCUAUUUUCAAAAUAUAUAUACACACAUACCUAAUGUUAACAUUUCAAAAGUGGAAUACAAGUUUAAAUGUUCAGCAAGUUUGUGUUCUGGAAGAUUUUUGUAUUGCACAAGCUCUCUCGUUCUGUUCUGUGCCUCACAUUCUGUCUGAAACAGCCUGCCUUACAGACAAAGUGAGUCCAUGCUUCAGGGAAUAAAAACUGAGCCUCUGCUGGGCCUGGUUUUUGUUGGGAGGGUUGAACUAGAGCUGGAUGUACUGCAAAAGACAAUUUGCUACAUCAUCAGCUUUUCAAGCACCUUUGGAGAAGGGGAAGGAUUACAUCAGGCUGCCUUCAACUAUGGGGAUUGUUUGCAAAUACCUUGCAGCUGGGCAAGAACUUUAUCCUUCACUUUAAUGGAUUCUAAAUCCUUCUUGUGACAGAGCUCGUGGUGGAGAAACAGAAUGAGCAAGAGCGUUUAAUUCUUGCCAUUAAAAAAAGAAGGAACUAGGAUGCAGAUGAAGAGAUAGUAAAUGAAUUCAAAAUCAUUAUGUGAUGGUUACAGAUGUUACAGAUGCUGUUUAUCUUGCGCUGGGCUGAAAGGACAUACACCAUGGGACUGAAAUGUGAGAGAGAGGUUCAUGUACUGCUGAAGGUUCUUCAGAAAGCAGGUUAAGAAUUUUAAAUCACCCUUGUAAGACUGAGGAAACAAGUUCAAAGAGAAGCACAAUCCAGUUUGGGCAUAAGUGUAAGAUUAUAUUCAGGCCCCCUACCUCAAAGGACAGGGUCUGUGUAGAGAAAGGCAGAGUUGUAACUACAACAGGGGGACUGUUGAAGAAAGCUUCAGCUGUGAGGGGAGAUGAGAGUGGAAUGGCACGAGAUGAUUAACCUGCAGCUUCAUGCACAGUUACCCUGCCAAAGGCACCAAGAGCUGGCCCCAGGGAAGGAGGAGAGCACAAAGUGAAAUGGAUGAUUUGGGAUUUCAAACCAAUUCCUUACUAAAUACUGAACCAGUCACCCCAGAUCUCUGCCACUGGAAGUCUUCAGAGCCUCAGUCAAUGACACUUCAACGAAGCCUGUGAGGAACAGCCUUGGCACAGACCCGUGGGUGGGGCUGGCAGGGUCCUGCACACGACACAGGACACUUCAUUACAUCCGUAACAGGCAGAUAUCGUGAAGUGGCUUGAAAGGGGGGGGGGGGGGGGAAAAGUGUAAAGAGGGAGAGGAAGGAGUUCCUCCCCUAGGAGCAGGUGAGGUGGUGUUUAACCACCCCCUGCAGUCGCAGUGCCCCUGACAACGCCCAGCAUAACCCGCAGGGAGCCUGCCAGCUCCCCAGCACCAACUGCAAUUCCCAGCACACUGCAGGCUGGAAAAGGAACACAACAGUUCAGAAUGUGGGUCACUCAUUUGCAGUAGCAAAAAAAAAAAGAAAAAAAAAAAAAAAAAAAAAAAAAGAGAGACCAUAUCCACCACAUCUCAGAACAAUAGCUUCAAAUAACUAUGUUGUAUUCUAACAAUAAAUUAGUGUUGUUCUGCAGUUACAUGCAAAACAAGAAAUAAAUUUUCAUUAUGUAUUUGGUUCUGGUGUGUUGGGGUUUUUGUUCGUUUGUACGUUGGCUUUGUUUAGUUGUGGAUUUUUUUGUUUGUGGUGGGGUUUCUUUUUGUUCAUACUGAGCCUGCCCAAUGGCUAAGCUCUCUUUACAUGACAGUAAAGCAACUGGCUUUUUGAAGGCUAAAAUUUACACACUCGAAGCUUAAAAAUCAUAAAUCUGGUGGGUUUUUUGCAUCAGAUGGUACAAACAUCAUCUACAAAAUGCAAUCAGCAAAACUUGCAGUCACUGUUACAUGGAAUUGCAAACAAUUCAGAUUAAAACUGUGUGAACUCACCUGG